AUGUUGUCUUCAGUUAAGAGAAGCCCGGACGCCGGCGUGGCGACCGCGGUACAAGGAAUCAUUCAACACCAGAAGUUCAAGCGCAUGCUUCUUUUUGGAUUGCGUUCUUUAUCAGAUUUCUGCAGUCCCACCAACCAGCUCUACCAGGAAAAUGCCCAAGAUGCAAUGGAAAAAGGAGUACUCCCUGCUAUGCAGACGGCAGUGGAGACUUUCCCAGAUGACGAAGAUCUCAUGAAUUGCUGUUCGAGAGUCAUAUGGGCUAUGUCCGACGCGUGUAAGGAGGAAAUGGAUGCCAGCCGCAUUGCAGUUCUGGCCACUCAUGGAGGGCCUAUUUGCCUCGCGAUUGUCAACAGUUGUCCAAGCGAACCCCAGACCGUCUCUGACACGAUGACAUUCGUUGAGAACAUGCACAAGGUGGGGAGCCCCCUGGACGGUGGUUCCCUUGCUCCAGGACUGCUGGCAAUCUUUUCGAAGAAGGUGGACAUGAAAACGGCAUCGCGUGUUGCGGCGGCUCUUGCAGUCGCCACGAAUUCUCCUUCAGGAGCCCAGGCAGCGGCGGCGGCGGGGGGAAUGGGCCAAGUUUUAGAGUUCUGUCUUUCGAAUGGAGAUAUGUCUGAACCAGCAGUCCAGUGUGUCGAGUCGGUUUUCGACGCCUGCAAGCAUAUGGCAGAACAGGGCCAGGCGCAGCGCACAAUGUUGGAGCAGUGUAUUGGCGUUAUGGACAAGUACAGGAGCAAGAAGGGAGCUUUCUCAAAGGGGUCAGCAGCUCUAGCGUCGAUGAUUGGUCCAGAGCAGUUGCAGCAAUGUCUGGCGGAUCUAAAGUCUAGCUCCCCCGGCUCGCCCAAGCACGACGAAGCGUUGACAACACUUGGAUCAAUGUCCUACAUAUCGUCGUUUACGGACGAGAUUGUGCGUGCUGGAGGUAUCCCGUUGUUGUGCGAACUCAUCAACAGUGGCCUAACGCAAAUAGAAUCAAAUCCGGAGAAAAUCUACAAGAUGAUCGCGGGGGCGGCAAAGAUGCUUGCGCGCAUCGCCUCCAAUCCUACUAACGUGGAUUCGAUGGUGCAGUCAGGAGCAGUGGCCACCCUCGCAACUGCUGUCUCGUACUGUACAGAUAAUUUAGAGUGCCUGGGAGCUCUUUGCAUGGCAUUAACGCCUCUUGCUGCACGUGAAAGUCUGGCCAGCGAGAUUGUGCAGUACCAGACAUUCGCGACUGUCCUUCCGUUGCUGUAUCAACACGUGGAGAACUCUGAUUUUGCCCCCCUGGCUAUGGAACUCGUUGCCACCGGCUCUCAGCACGCAGAGCUCCAUCAACACAUGGUGGCAAACCUGGCAGUGGAGAUAUGCGCGAUGUGCUGCAGCUAUCAUUUAAAAGAUACCGCCUUUCAGGCGAACGCUAUCCUGUCGCUUAACCGCUUGGCCGGGAACUUGACCAGCGUCCGUAGUAUCCUGGAGUACAGCGGUUUUCAAGGUGUUAAUGCAUCAAUUAGGGCCAACAUCCAGGACGCUACCAUUGUUCAGGGGGCUGUGCAACUCUAUGAGCAGCUUUCAAAAGUGGCGGAUGCAAAAACGUACAUGGCCAACAAUGAAUGCGUCGAUGCUGUGCUAGAGGCAAUGCUCGAGCACGAACAGAAUGAGGCACUGGUGAACUCCGGUGUCAACUGUUUGAGCGUAAUCGCAACGGAGGAUGACUGCAAUCGCCACCUCAGUGACCUCGAUACAGCUAUCCAGACAGCCAGGGGGGAUCCUGACCGCGCUUAUCGUGCACUGGCUGCGGUUGCAGGUCUUAGUCGCGUCAGUCAUCUACGGCAGUCUUUCGAGGCUAGGAAUGCUGCGGAGGUGAUUUUGAAGGGGAUUCAGAGCUGGAUCGACGGUUCACGUUUUGAGGGCCAGGGCCGCGUAAUUCGUGCAGGACUCAAGACUGUCAAGAUCAUCAAGGUGAAUGGUGACGGAGAUCUUACCCCUGUUUUAGUGAACAUGUGCGAAAUUGCAUGCCUUCCUCCAGUGAAGCGCAUUGUGGAGCUGGAGGAACCCGAUGACAACAUCUUGGUGCACUGCACAGCUGGUGCACGGGACGUAGCUGCCACCGGCAGGAUCGCCAAGGAAAACAUAGAGCCUGCAGUAGAGGCAUUAAUGAGGGUAAUGCGUAAAUACGCGGACAGCCGGCGUUCGCAGAUUAAUUGCCUAGAGGCCCUUGACUACCUCGCUGUGUGCGACUCCGGCGGCGGCGUGCAAGUGCUCGUCAAGUCUGGAGCUCUAAACGCUGUGGUGCAAUAUCUCAACAAGUCACCCAUGUACCUAGACGCGCAGAUCGCAGGAUUUACCGUCCUAGCGACAUGCGCAAAGAUCGACCCGUCUUCAGCAGAAGUCAUGAAGAAGUGUAAUGUACUAUCUGCCUUGAAGGUGGCGAUGCGCACACACUCCAAGAGCAAAGAACUUAAGAGGACUAUCGCGCCUCUCUUGGCUUUGCUCAUGCCUGUUGACGCUUUAGAACGAGAAAUAUCCGAGAGAGUUGCAGAGUGCAAGGCUGCGAUGGAGAAGAAUAAUAUGGUGGGCAUGCACGAAGCACUAGUUGAGCUAAACGAACUUUUGGUAUCCGCUGAGGGCGCCAAGAUCGCAGCACGUCUAGGAGUUGGAGGGGAACUGGAACGGUUCUCUAACUACGCCGUUGGGAACAAGUCAGUUGCACUGGCGGCAACGGAGUACGAUAUUCUCGGGAAUGAUCUGUAUGUUGCGACAAUGUCUGAAAUCUCGCAUGCCGUAGAACAAAUGGCAUCGGUGAGGACUGGCUGUGUGCACUGCAUCAAAACCGGGAACGUAGUGAGCGUAUUGAACAUAUACGGGGCUGUGAAUGCCACCGAAAAGUGUGUCCACUCUGAGGAAGCUGCCCUUCAUUCUCUGGAGGCUUUGCGGCUCAUGGUCAAGACGGACAGGAAGUCGGCGGAUGUCGCUUUCGAGAACAAUGUUGUUGCUACUUUGUGCAGUGGCAUUGACAAUUACCAGGACUCAGCCCCAGUGCUUGCAGCGACCUGCGGAUGCCUUGCGGCCUUGGCUACGACGCCUUCGCGGGUUGCAGCCUUGGUGGCACAGCCUGACUUUGACAACCUUCUCAACAGGCUUGUAAAGAUAAUCAGCGAGGAUCCAAAGAGGGAAAAUCGGCUUGUAGCCAUCAAGGCACUCAGGGAACUUGUAGAAACAUGCAAUGAUCCUUCGCUGGCAGUCAAGAUUUGCGACGCCGGUGCUGUCAAUGCACUUUUCUCUACCAUUGAGAACUACGGCGAUGACGAAGAUCUUGUCCGUGAGGCAGCAACAACCUUGGCACUUUUGGGUGUGCACGAUGACCUCCGGCGUUUCUACGGAAAUGAUGUGCGCGCGCCGUGCAUGAUUCUAACAGCUGCGAUCGACAAGCAGAAGAACAGCGGCGCAACAGCAUAUCAGCUACUGAGUGUGUUGAACUGCAUUACAACACGCGAAGACCGCCCCAUUCUCAAGGAACUCGGUGCUAUGGGACAGGUUGCAGAUGCUAUGCGUCUUCAUCCUGAUAAUGAGGAUAUCACUAGGGUUGGGGGAGAGCUGUUUGCCAAGAUGGGUGCGGAUGAACAGAUCAAGAGCAUCAUGCUUCAGAUCAUUUCUACUGUUGAGAGCGGCGACGAGAACACAGUAGCGACGGUGGACGCGCUGUGCGCACAGUUGGCCAUGUACCUCGCUGCUCCUCUUGACGACCCAGCAGACGCUCUGCAGCACACGGAGAAGUGCCUCACCUCCCUCACCACGGUACUGCAGAUGGCACCGGAAGACCAGCGACUACAUGGAAAUGUAGCUACUGUGGCACGGAGAUUGUGCGACCGAUGCUUCGACGAUCCUAAUGACUCUUAUGGAGCAUGGGCAGUAGCAAGUAGUGGGCUCUUGCAUCAGAUGGCAGCCAUGAUCGCUGCUGGACAGGUUGACAGCAACAAGGGCUUCUUGGUCCCUGGAUAUCGAGCUCUUGCUGCCUGUGCUGCCAAUCCUUAUAGCAUGCCAACACUUCAAGAGGUGGCUCCUUCGUUUCUCCCGCAAACCUACACUUUGUUGGAAGCAUAUAAAAAUGAUGCAGAGACGACUGCUCGUAUUCUCGAGUUCUUGAGAUAUUUUGCAGAGGAUGCGAAUGGAGCUGCGCUUGUAACACAGAACAUGAACGGAUCUUCGGGAGAUAUAGUGGCCCUCACCAUGCUGUUGAUGCAACAGCACCAGCAGAGCGACGCUGUGGUGACCUCUGGAAUGUAUUUACUUGGGGCACUUGCAUACAAUGGAGCAGUCUCUGGAGCUGAUCCCAUCCCGAAGUUUGCGGAUGGAUCGGCUUUGCGGGAAUGCGAAGCCCUCUGUGGUGCGAAUGCCAGUCAGGAGCGAAUGAUUGCAUACGCAAACUUGAUGGAACGUCUGAUCCUUUCACAGUCGUACGCGGACUCCCUUGCGAAGCAGAAGGCCUUGGAUAAGCUUGUCAUGAGGAUGCAAGCAGAAGAGGAAUCAAAGAAGCUUCCAGAGGAGGCACGUGCAAGCAUGCUGUGCGCCGUCUGCCGGGUAUUCAUGGCAGCUGGAGCCGCUGCGAUGGUUGGCGAUAUUGAACGAUCCAAGGGCUUCGAAUUAAUUAUUCAGGCAAUCGAGGACUAUCCAGACAAUCCAGGGGUCCUGCGCGAUUCGUGCCGAGCCCUUGCAGCCAUGUCGGCUAGCGAUGCCAACCUGGCAGCUCGCACGAUCAAAGAGGCAAUACCACUGCUGGCGGCUGGUGAGGCGCAGGCAACUAUAACAAGUGAUGCAGAGUGCGCCGAUGCUUACUGCGAGUUGCUGAUGCAACUCUGUGGCACUGAGGGAAAUGGAAGGCAGCUACUAGCCAUAGAUGGUGUCGAGGAUUCACUGAACAAAAUCGACACUCUAUGUGACGCUGGUGGAGUAGAGGACGCAGUUGAGCUAAAGAAGAAGACGGCCAUGAUUCGCCAAGCGAUGGCGGACGACCAACCCCACGAGAAGACGUGUAAGGAUGUCUACGACCUUUUGAACAGCCGUGUAGCAUCGUCACUCUCGAUAGCGAUCCCGGAGGUCGCAGUCUUACAGGAAGAGCUCGAGUUCGUUUUCAGCCGAUUGCAUAUGUACAAUGCCGAAAAACUUGAUUGCCAAACAGCAAUUGGUGCAGAUCACCAGUACGGGAACAUGGCUUUGGAGAUUUUUGCCACAUCCCCUGUUAACUACAAGGCACUUCAGCAACAAGAAUUCGUCAAGAUGGAACUUUCGGUUAUGAAGAGUGUAAAGGAUGAAGAAAUUGUUCUAUACUCUGUUAGGGCUCUAGCUUCAGGCUGCAAAAAUCCGCCAUGUGCUCAAGAUGCAGCAAGGACAGUAGGCUGCCCGAACAUCGUAACGGAAGCGGUCAGCAGGAUUAAUAAGAACUCAAGCAUGACAAAAGAAAGGAAGGAGGAACACCUUUGCGCGAGGCUUCUUCUUGUGGAGCGCACUGCUGUCAACCGAAACCUCUACAACAAGACGAACGCUGUUUCUGAACUCAUACGUUGUUGGGAUGACUACGAUGCGGGGAUGUACACCACUGCACUGCUGAGACAUGUAUUCCGCGCAAUGAGGCGUAUAGUCUCAGAUGCUCAUGUCGAUGAGCUGCUGAAGGCUAACGUGCUGCAGCGAUUGAUUGCGAUAGUCAAGAAUGUCAAUUCAGAUAUAGCUCUGCUCCCCGACGUUCUUUUCCUGCUGGGCUCGCUUGCCGUGGUGCCUGAGAUCAAGACCAAAAUUGGGGAGUUGGACGGCGUAACGGCGUGCAACGAAUUACUUCAACGAUCACUCGCAAACCCACAGGCGACAGCAGUGGUCACCAACACAUGUCUGGCUUUCGCGAACAUCUGCAUUGGGCACAAGAAGAACACCGAGCUAUUCCACAAGCUUGGCGGUCCGGAUCUGACCGUUCGUGUCUUGAACGAGCGCUGCAAAGAGUAUGAUGUGUGCAACGCUGCAUCAGUGUUGCUGUGCAACUUGCUUUACAAGAAUGAGCUAAUGAAGCACCAUCUGGGUACCAAUGGAGCCCCGGCUGCUCUCGUGAAGGGUCUCUCAAAUUAUGACGGUUCUACGGAGCGGUCUGCGAUACGCUGUCUGGAGUCUCUAUUCAAAGCAAUUAGCAACCUGUCCUUAUACACGCCCAAUAUCCAGCCAUUCCUGGACGCCGGGAUCGAGAAUGCGUACAGCGCUUGGCUGAGCAAUUUGACCGAGGACUUCCCGGAUGCGCAGCUUGAAACGGGUUGCCGUACGCUGGCCAACCUUGUGAUGGAGAAUGAUCCAAAUAACAUGAGAAAGUUUGGUGUUUGUUUGCUACCGUGCAUGCAAGUUGCGGGUCAAGGACGCCAGGAUACGAAGGCUCUGAUGCUUCUUUUAGACAUUGAAGCAUCUCUCUGCCGAUUGGAAGAAAAUGCCGUGGCGUUCGCAGACAACGGGGGCAUUGAAACGACAAUACGCAUUAUCCACCAGUUCGACUACGACGUAGGAUUAUUGACUUUGGGAAUUCAUUUGUUGAGCAUCCAGUCUUCACUAAUGCCUUCAGUUCAGCGCAUGGUGGAGGCUGAUGUAUUCUCCAUUCUCGUCGGGUGCGUUGAGGUUGACGCCGAGGGAAACGAGGUUACCGAUCUUGUCGUAGGCGGCCUUCGUUGUACACGGCGCAUCAUCAGGUCUCAGGAGCUUGCAUUCGAAUAUUGCAAUGCAGGUGGUAUUGCAACAGUAGCGAAUGUCAUUUGCAAGUCGAUCAAUCAGCCCAUGGUGAUGCUCGAAGCCUGCCGAGUUCUUCUUUGCCUACUCGCCUUGACAACAAGACCCCAAGAGGAACGGGCAGCGGCGGUGCAGGCACUGCAUGAAGCAGCAGCAAAGGCAGCUGAAGAGUCCGGUGCCGUGCCAGAUGAGAAUGGAGAAGUCCAUGAGGCCGAACCUGACCCUGAGGAGCUUGCAAAUGCUGCCUAUGGCGGUUGGUACCACAUGGGUAUGGAUGAGGUCAUGAUCGGAGCUAUUAUACAGGCUGUUUGCGCAUGCGCUGGUUCUGAAAGCCAUGCGAAGCAGUUGCGCCUCCAGCGCGUGUCUCUUGGUGUAGCUGCAUACUUCGUAUCGGAGCAGAUGGGCCAAGACUCUUUUGUUGGAAGUGGAGGAGAACUCAUGAUCAUGCAGGCCCUCAAUACUUUCCCCGGAGAGAUGUCUCUUGCACAGCUUUCAUGCAUCAUUGUCAACUCAAUUGCCAUGACAUCGGGAGACAUGUAUGAAAGCAUCAAGACAAGGGAACUUGUGACGGCAUUCAAAACAAGCGUAUCAAAAAUAGGAAACAAGAAGCCGGAAGAGAAGGCUGUUCGCGAUGAGUGCCAGAAAACUGUGGAGGCGUUGGGUUCAAACCUCGACCCUAUGGAUGCUUUUGCAUCAACGGUAACAGAAUUGGACAUGAAAAUCACACAGUGGAGUGUGGACCCUUAUCCAAAUGGAGUACACGAUUUGCCGGUUCACGUGAAAGAAGCACUGCGCAAGGGCGGUGAACUCAAGGUGUACAUCGGAGACAAGGAUGCAGAGAAGAUCAGAUGGCGUAGUUCACAAGAUCUGAAUUCUUUCGAGUGGAACGUUGGCAAUGAAACUGACUGGAACAACCGUGUGCCUAUUGUUCGGAUCCGUAAUGUUGCAAAGGGCCUGUCUCACCCUGCGCUUGUCAAGGCGAAUAAGAAAUCGAGAAGUGUUACGUCAAAAAUUUGUCUGUGCAUCUUCGGGCCACCCAACGAAGACAAUCCAGCUGGCAUUGAGCUACCACUUCGGGCCAAGUCACAGAAGGAGCGUGAUCAGCUGGUCGAGAUUCUUGUGCAGUGGCGUGAUGCUGCUACAUACAACUUCUAA